GGGUAGAGCUAGUUGACUUUAAAAUGUAUGAUAAUAAAAUUGUGAUUAAUCUGGUAAACAACAUUUGUUCAAUAGAUUAGAUUGAAACAAAGAAAUGAAUAUUGAAGAAAAAGCUAGUUAGCGCAGCCCUUUGACGCUAAAAUGUGGAGAUCACAUAUGACUUGCCACCUAAUUCUACUAGUACACAAUACGUAAACUAUGAAAUGUGCUGCGAGAAAAUCGAUCGGGAGAAUAAAAUGUCUUAUUUCAUUUUUGUACGCUUGUUAAUAUCUGCAAUGGAUAAGAGAAGGAGCCACAACGACCUUGCCUUUAACCUUACACUCACCAUUUUCUUCAAAAAUAUAUGUGAGUUCAAGAAAAUAUAACUAUAGUAAUCAAAACAAAAUCUAAAAUCCACACUGGGUAAAAAAUAGCACCAAACGGAACCAUUUUUGAAACGAAUUCUAAACCUUCAAAAAUGUUUCCUGAAAAUCCAAGAUAGUCUCAAAAUGAUUAUCAAGAGUCUAGGAAACGUUUUCGAAGGUUUUGUGGAAAACCUACGAAAUCUAAAAAAAGGUUCAUAAUUCGUUUCAAAGUUCGAUACCUUUUUUAGGUUUCGUAGUAUCUGCGAAACCAUUUUUCAAUUCAGUGAGAGGCUUCGACACCUUUUAUGAGUUGCGCACUGAAGACAAAACCUUCUUGGUUCCGUGUAGUGCUUUUUUUUCAGUGCAUUAUUAAUAUACAAAAAAUAAUUUAAAAAAUAAUUUAAAAAAUCAUACAACUCGAAUGUUUAUCCCUAUAACAUAUUUUAUAGCAUUUUCAAUUAUUUUUCUUAAAGUAGCCAUGUUUUCUAUAGUGGGUGUGGAUGUGCUACUAGGCUCAGAUUUACUUACGUUUGCACCCACACCAUCAAGCGCUUCGCUUUUCGUUCAAUAUCCAACUCAUAUAAAUAAGCAUUUAGUUUUUGAGUAAAAAAACCCUUCAUUAUUAGGAUACGGGUGUGACUUUUCUGUAUGGAUAAGCGCAGCUUGGACUGCGACAGACAAACCCACACCCACACUUACACUACCACAUACCCCCACAAUCACACACCCACACCCCACAACUGCUUUAUGGGAUUGAAGCUGUGUAUUUUCGACCAUUCGCAUUGACUUCGUUAUCAGUUAGGCUGAAAACUGCAUACAUUUCUUGUUGUAUGUAUGGAGAGAACGUUCUGUGUGCAAUAUGUUGUCUCUCAUACUAAGAGCAUCGCGCACGAUAUUCUACAGCUUGUCCACACAAAACACCGAAUCAAAAAGACAUGAAUAUAGAAUGAUGUUUUUGCACUGGCUCUCGGCUGGUCUAUCAUCCUGAGAACCCGAUCUUAUGACUUACGAGCGCGACUUAGUAACAUAUACCCAUUGAGUGUCAACAAAAUGUAACAAUAGAUAGCUUAACCAGUUGGAUUAAAAAAGACAUUCAUUCUUCAUUUUAGUUGUGAAAGAGAGCCCUUCACGCUUACAACAGGUCCUUGUAGAAAGAAAAGUUGUCGAUUGUUCAUGGCCCACAUUUUUCUACUUUCUAGCUGUACUUUGACUGGCACUAAUUGACUCCUUUGAGAUGCUGCUAAAAUGUACCUUUUUCUGAACCCAAAACAAAGUCAAAUUUGAUUGUAGCCAGAAUGUAUUGAUUUCUUUCAUUUCGGCUAAUAUUUAUUCGAAACUAAGAUGUCAAAAACACCAAUCUACGUAAAGUAUGAAACAAGAGGGAUCGCGUAAGUCAAAAACUUUCUCAUUUCAUCCUUAUCAAUGGCGAUAGAAAUUUGCGAUUGUAAGAGUUUUGGCGCAAGAUACAUCGAAGAAUGUUGAUAUCUUAAUUUGCUAUAGAAUAUGAGUAGUCAUUUAGUCAUACUCUACUAAACAACGACAAAUGAAUCGUUUAUCUUUAGAAAAUAGCGAUAAGUAAAUCAUUUAUCUUUAUUCUUCAGUAUAAAGAAAAUUAAAGAUAAAAGAGCCGCCCCUAUUCUUGGGCAGUUACUAACGUGCCAAUCAGAAUCAUGUCACUGGUUCCAGCAGCUAGCCAAGUUUGCUAAGUGUUCUAACUUGGAAAAGUCGAAGAAUCGUUCUGGGCUCAAUCAGUUGAAAACUGCUUGAGGACCUGAUUAUCUACCAAAAAAUUGUUAGAUACUGGGUGAUUCUUCUAGAUUUAGAUGAUUGCGAAUUCUUUAUGAACUAUAAGGAGACCGCAGCUUUUUUCGACAGCAUGUAGACAAAACGGCACUAAUAAAUCUAACCAUGAAUAUCUAUCGCUUAUGAGGGCCAUCGAGUAGGUUAGCACAGAGCAAAAAAAGCUUCAAGCAAAAUUAAGCACUAAGUGGUUAGUUUUGUUUGUGUACUAAUGAGAGAUUUUCUAAUACAGCUUUUACAAUAUCUCACUCGUACUAUUCAUUAAUUGAUCUUUUUACGAGUCUUGAGUAGGCGUAUAGCGUCCUAUUUCGUAUGACUAGGAAUGUGAAUGCUAGCAAAGUUCUCGUUCGUAGAAACGGGUAAGACGGAUGCAUUUUGCUCUUUUCCCUUGAGAACGGAACGCUUGGGAGUGAAGAACGCAAACACCUCUAAUAGUGAGUACGAGUGAGAAGCAGCGUUAUCAAGAAUGUUUUUGAUCAAGGUUUACGCUUACGUUGAAGAAAAAAAUCGACUGAAUAAAAGAGCUCACUUCUUAUAAAAAGAUCAAUGUCGACUGACAAAAUUUAAAAAAAUUUUUUAUUUUUGUUCAAGCAUAUCUUCAAAUGUACUUAGUACUGAUUGAUUGUUUUCGAAAAAUAAAUUCUGUAUAUUUAGAGGGAACUAAAUUAGUAUUUUGAACCAAUGGUUCUUUCUUGAUGGAUACUGUAAUAGUUCCUCACUAAUUAAAUUAAUUAUUUCUUAAUAGGUAACCGUUUUAAAACAUGAAGAACAACUUAUCAGAAGCAUACGCCAUAAACAAAACGAAUACUUGAAUUUCGAUAAUCAAGAAGCUGAACGAUUAUCAUUGAAUAUUUAUAAUCACAAGAAUGGAUAUCAAUCGGAAUCAAAUAUUUCAUUUAUGUGGAUGUAUUUAUUUAUUGAGACAGUAAUGCGUAUGGAUAUAAAUAUGUCACUCCCAUCAAAUGAACAUGAGUCAAAGCGAAAUGCAGAGAAACAUAAUUUGGUCGAAAAACUGAAAUCUGCGUAUUGUAAAGAAGCGCCUGCAUUAGAAAACAUUCUUGAAUUUGAGAAUACAUAUACAUGCGACAAAGCUAUUUGGUGGUAUACUCGAGAAUCACCGUUUUACAGACAGUUGAAUAAAGCAUUACGGUUUAGAGAUCUUGAAUACUUGGUGCUUUUCCAAUUUUUUAUCUUUGACAUUAUUCAGCAGUUGGUAGAAACACAAGAAAGUCAACGACGCAAACCGAAUCCAACUAUAAGAUCUCACAAUCGAACACCCACGUACACCGUCUAUCGGAGUCAAAACAUGUUGUCAAAUGAAGUUGAAAGGUUAAUAUGCUCUGUUGGGAAACUGGUGUCCAUGAAUUCAUUCAUGUCAAGUACUUCUGUCAAACAGGUUGCGAUUGAUUUCGUUCAAAAGCAGCACUUGAACUCACGAGUAGGGUUCAAAAGAAUUUUAUUUGAGAUUGAAGUUGAUCCAUCUUCUAAAUCACGUCCAUAUGCACAAAUAAAAGAUCUUAGCUUCUAUGCUGAUGAACAUGAAAUUCUGUUCGCACCAGGAACUAUCUUUAACAUUCAUGAGGUCGAUAAAGUCGAUGAAGUCGAUAAAGGUGCUCUGUACGUUGUAAAAUUGAAACUUUGUAGUGAAGAUGAUCGCGAUCUGUGCGAUGUUCUUCAUUUUUGGCAAGAACAUAUUGAGUAUGAAACAAACCAAGCAUCACUGGGUUGGUUGAUAAUGCAGACUGCUUCGUUAGAUACAGCUGUACAAUUUUAUGCGGAGUUAUUGGAACGACUGCCAUUGAGUGAUAGCUUGCGGAAAGACUGUUAUUACGGUUUGGGAAACUUGUUUAAAGAGAAGAAACCCGAAGAAGCAAUUCGGAAUUUUGAGGAAGCAGAAAGGAUAGCGUCGCAAGAUUCCAAUGAUUCAAAGUGGCUUGCAAAAUGUUACAGUUCGUUGGCAUCAGUUCAUGAAAAUAAGGAUAAAAAUGAAGCACUCAGGCUGUACCAAAAAGCAUUAGAAGUCUUGAAACGUCAAUAUGGCGAGAAACAUCGAGAAACAGCUAAAUGUCACAUAAGUAUGGCUAAUUUUUAUCAAUUAAUUAACAACGACGAGUCGGCCAUAAUAUCAUUCAAACUUGCAUUGAAAUCUAAGCGAGAUCAGUCUCAUCAAGACCCCUUGUUUUUCAUAGAAUCAUGGAAGAAAUUGGGGAAAAUCUAUAGUGAAAAAAUGAAAUUCAAUGACUCAUUAAAGUAUUAUACAGAAGCAUUGAACACACUUCAAAAAAAUUUACGGCCAUACGAUCAACGAUUAGGAGAGCUACACGAAAGCAUAGCUGAUGUUCAUGCAGAAACAAAGUGUUUUACACAAGCACUUUUAUCGUAUCACAAAGCAGCUGAAAUAUAUUACUACUGUUACCCACAGGCACAUGAGUACAAUAUAAAUAUAAGAAAAAGAACAAAAUAUUGUAAUAAAAAAUUAAGGCAACAAAAGGGUAGGGUAGGCACUCAUCAAGACAAAUCUUUCAAUGUUCCUAUGCCAACAUCGUCAAAUUUUCAAGAACAUCUACCGACAUCCAUACGUUCUGAUAAUCAACAAACAAGUGUUGAUCAAUCUAAAAGCGACAAAGAACCGUUGCUUGAGCAAUCUGAGUAUUCGAAUGUUACUCCAACUAUACCGAUACAUAACAAUGAUCAUAGAGAAGAAAUUCAUCUACUAGCAGGCCAUGGUAUUACUGAAAUCAGUAUAAAUCAAUCGGACUUACUUACAAGAAGAAGAACGACGGUUGACGUUAAAGAUGGGCCAAACUUGAAUCAGCGUCCGCGAGUGGAUUCGAAACGUAACUGA